AAGAUAGUUUGGGCCAAAAUCAUCUAAACUUUGCUAGAGUUCAGUUCACAUCAAGAAUAACGAACAUUCUGUAGCAAUCCACGUGUCAUCUUUAAAAGGAAACACCCGUUGGAUAAUAAUGGUGCUUACACUAGCAGCAUCACCAUCACCGUUUUCCACAAUUUCUCCAUAUCUCCGGCGAAAUCGUAUCUACGGUAGAAAAAUUUCACCGUUCCAGUGCCUGUCAUCGACAUCCAUGGAUAACCACAAACAGAAACACAUAGUCGUUUGCGGUGGCGGAAUCAUCGGAGUAUGCACAGCUUACUUCUUAUCCAAACGAGGCGUUUCCGUCACUCUCAUCGAAAAAUCAUCAAUCGCGUGCGGUGCUUCAGGAAAAUCCGGCGGAUUUCUCGCUUUAGACUGGUGUGACGGCGGUCCUCUCUCUUCUCUCGCACGUGCCAGCUUCAAUCUCCACCGUUCACUCGCUCAAGAGCUAAACGGUGCCGAAUUGUACGGUUACCGUCCCCUAACCACUCUCAGUCUUACCGUCACCGAAUCAAAUAAUCAAAAUCAAAAUCAAUCCUCUAAAAGUGAUAAAAAUAUUCCUUCGUGGAUCGACGGCCAUGCUCGAAGUCCCAGAACGAUAGGGACGUCGGAGACGACGGCGCAGGUGCACCCGAAGCUGUUCACGGAGGCAAUUUUAUCGAAGGCGGUGAAGGAUCACGGUGUUGAGGUGGUGAUAGGGAAGGUGGAGAGAGUUGAAGUGGCGGUGGUGGAGGAUGUCGGGAGAGUAGAGGCGGUGGUGUUGGAAGGAGGGAGAGUGAUAAAGUGUGACGAUGUCGUUUUGGCGCUUGGGCCGUGGUCAGGGAAAUUUGAAACGUUGAGAGAUUUAUUUAGGGUUUAUGGGUUAAAGGCUCAUAGUGUGGUGAUCGAGCCUAAAGAGAGAGAUGUGAUUACGGCCCACGCUUUAUUCUUAAGCUAUUAUGGGAGUCAAGGUGGUAAGCCCAUGGACCCUGAAGUUUAUCCACGUCCUUCAGGGGAGGUGUACGUGUGUGGAAUGUCAUCAGAUGUGGAGGUGUUAGAGAAUCCGGAGGAGAUUGUUGGUGAUCCAGAAUCAAUAAGGGUUUUAAAGCGGGUGGCGGAAAGUGUUUCCAGCCAUUUAGCAGAAGGGCAGGCACAAAUUAAGGCAGAGCAAGCGUGCUUCUUGCCUUGCACAGAUGACGGUAUUCCCGUAAUUGGGGAGAUUCCAGGAGUGAAGGGAUGCUAUGUAGCUACUGGACAUAACUGCUGGGGUAUUCUAAAUGGCCCUGCUACUGGGGCUGCAAUGGCUGAGCUUGUGUUAGACGGUAAGUCUACCAUUGUUGAUCUUUCUAAGUUCAGCCCUGUUCGAUUUCUUGGCCGUAGAAAUUGCUAAUUGCGACCUUUAUAUGGAAUAUACAAAUGUGAGUAGAUUGUUCAAUUGGCAAUAGAGAUUUGUUGAUCUUAUGACUGGGUUAUGAAAUUUCGCUUACCGGUUAUAUUUAA